AUGGACGAACCUCAACUAUCUCAACUAACACAAAACUCUGGAAAUACGUUUGAAACAUGUGUUAUAAACACGGCGACCUUAGAAGAACACGAUCUUUAUACGCAAUCAGUCCCUGACACGAGCGGGCAAGAAAUUUUGUUAGCAUUCUUAUCAGACUCUUUACCAGCCCAACGAGAUUUAGUGAAUAAUGACUGGUGUAAGGAUUACCUAAAUCGACUUACUUCAUUAUCCUUAGAAUCACUUAAACACGAACCGAUACUAGUAGAAGAUGAACAAUCGAAAAUACAAAAAGAGUUAGCAGAGCUUUCUUUUCGGGAAUACAAGUCGUGUAUUCACGCUAAUACGUGUUCAACUGAAAUCAAUUCCUCUCUCGAUAACCUAAAUUUGCAUUUAUCGACAUUGACUUCCACAAUUCCGUUAUUAGAAAACUCAUGUACAUCCUUUUUACAAGAAACAAAUCAAAUUAUUCAACAACGUGGCAAGAUCAAUACAAUUCUGGAAUAUCACGAUAAUUUACUUGAAAUUUUAGACAUCCCACAAUUAAUAGAUACAUGUGUUCGAAAUGGUCUUUAUUCUGAAGCAAUGGAUCUGUCUGCUCAUGUUGCGAGACUAGUCUCAAGGUAUUCUACAAUCCCAAUAAUUCAACAUAUUGAACGAGAUGUGAAACAGACGAUGCAACUCAUGUUAUCAAAGUUAAUAACUCUCUUGAGCCAACCAAUUAAAUUACCAAGUUGUCUAAAAGUAAUUGGCUAUCUGAGGCGUAUGGAGGCGUUUGAUGAGGCUGAAUUAAGACUAGUAUUUUUACUUUCCAGAGACGCAUACUUGCGAUCGUUAAUCUGUACUAUUGAUAAUGAAAAAAAAGAUCCUGUUUAUUACUUGAAAAAAUACAUUGAUAUAUUUAGAGAAAAUUUUUUCGAUAUUGUUACACAGUAUCGUUCUAUAUUUUCUGAUGAAGGUGGUGCUUUAGCAUCGACACCUUUAUAUUCAUCACUUAUGAUGCCUCCUACGCCAUCAUCACCUUGGAUAUCUUCUUCGUUAUCAGACAUAAAUGCUAAUUCUUUAGGAAGGCGUACUAUGACAGCAGCAACAGCCAUUUCUGAUUAUACAAUUCAUAUUCUUGGACAAUUAACAUCAGUACUUGCGGAAUUUACUCCUUUAAUUUCUGAUACAUCAUCUCUUUCAUCUAUAUUAACACAACUUAUGUACUGUGGAAUGUCACUUGGAAGAGUUGGUGUUGAUUUUCGACAUCUUGUUACAGGAUAUUUUGAGACAGCUGUUGACCGGAUAAUAAGAAAGAUGAUCACAGACGGAACACAAGAAUUCUGUGACGAUUUGAAACGGGCUACUAAAAAUGUUGAGUUGCCUAGUACGUGGAUGAUUGGUGAUAAGAAAUCAUCAACCUUAUCGGAUUUACGUCCAUCAUUAGGUUCAUCUUCAUCGACACCUACAACUUCUUCAUUCACUCCUUUAAUUAUUCUAUUGGAUUACCCACCACUUGCAUAUUUAACAAAUGCUUAUUUGGCGGCUUUUAAUUCCUUACGUUUAGUAGCUCCGGUAUCUUUGUUUCAUCCACUUGGAAAACACCUUUCGCAAAGUCUUAUGCUUAUCACUGAUUUAUUACACGAAUAUGGUGAUACUCUCGUUAAGCAUGAUCAUGAUAUUACCGUGCUACAAGGAUUUAACGCGACGUUUGCUCAAAGUUUUGUGCCUUUUAUCUCAAGAUGUUUUGUUGAAGGUGUUUAUGGAGGAUUGAUGGACGGAGAUGGCGUAAAUCAUCCUGAGAUUAUCGAUAAAUAUAAAAUUUUGGAUGCUCUUAAAGACUUUUUACCCGCUCCAAGGGUCUCCACCUUUAAUUUAACAGACGACGACAAUUCAAGUAAUGAUGCACCAAAAAAUGAUAUUGUCAUAGACGAAACUAAUAAUACCAACGAAGAAUAG